AUGGAGCAAGUUCAGCAUAGUUUGUCUCGUUUAGCAUUAGCAAGAGCCAUCAAAUCAACUGAUAAUGAAACAGAAGAAGAAGCCUGGAACAAGAGCAUCAUUUUCAAUCAGCCAUUUGUAAAGGAUUUGCAUAGACAAAAGCACCAAUUAGCUCGUCAAUUAGAGAAAACAGCUCCAUCCCAAGAACGCCAUCGUGCUUCAUCUACUCUUAAUUCUAAGCGCUAUCAUCAUCAGCACAAAGCCAGUUCCUCUUCAGGAUCCUCUUUAUCUCUUGCAUCAGAAAAAAGACCUUCGGCACCAAAGAGUAAUAGACAAUCACAGCGUGCAUGCUUGCCAAGCGAUACGGAAGAAGAUGAAUCUGACAAUGAUCAGAUUGAGGAUGAUGAGACAGACGAUGGCUCUGAGGUAUUUCAAGUGAAGCGCCAAACGGAUCCUAUCAAAAAGAGUCAAUCUCCUUUAUCGAAUCAGGACGGCAUCUCUCGCCCUGUUAGCAUGGAAUCGCCGUCUACUAGGAUCGAAAGUGGCGUUAGUAGUCCAUCUAGAAAUUCCACCUCAAGUCAUGUUACUCCACUUACCGAGGAAGAUGAUGUCGAAGAACCCAUUAUACAUCAUAGUCAGCAAAACAUACCCCAGCAUGCCUUGAAUGAAGAAUUUCCCAAUUAUAUCCCAAUGCAACACAUGCCAAAGAGCCCUCUCACCCCUCCAGUGAUGAUGGAUCCCAUGUACUAUCAGCGACUCCAGCAUUACCAAUCUCAAUUGCAGUACCAACAGCAAUUACAGUACCAGCAGCAGCUACAGUAUCAACAACAGCAGCUAUAUCUACUCUCACAAAACCCCAGCGUCUUCUUUCCGCCUGGUUCAAGGGCCAUGAUGAUGACGGACGAGCCAGCCUCAAUGGGACCUCCACCUCCUCCACCCCCACAUCACAUGCCAUCGUCUUCUUCAUCCUAUAAGAGAGUGACACAUCCUCACCAUCAUCGCAAACAUCGGCAUAGCAGUAGCAGUAGCAGUAGACUGAGCAGUACUGACAUUAGAAGAAGACAAGAAAUGCUUAAAAGUUCAGUAACAGACCUGACAUAUCCAUCAUCUGCAUCGCUGCCUAUGUAUAAUAUGACCAGUAUGCCCAUGGUACCAUCUCUUCCGAGAAACAGUGGUGGCAGACGUCCAUCUUACUUUUAA